GACGACCAGGGCGUGAAGGAAACAGCGGAGUUCUUCAGCACAGAGGCAGUGGUGCUGCCAGGCAUGCCGCAUGACAUCAUGCUUGACCUGGGAUGGAAGGAUGCUGCCGAUUCCAUGCUCCAGUGGCUCGCCAACCACGGAGCCAUCCCCAAGCAAUAA